AUGGGGGCAAACAAUCAGGUAGCUGCUGCAUGUGAUUCUUUUGUGAAUCUUACUGUUGCAGAUGACUCUGUUAUACAACGUUACACCUUCUCUGGUGUAACUAUACAAGUUAAAAUCAUCAGCAUCAUCAUUGUCCUCACUGUAGGGUUAUUGGGAAACUGUGCUUUUCUGUUCGUCAUUGCCAGAGUGCGGACAAUGCAGACCCUCGUCAACUUCUAUUUGGUGAACUUAGCCUUUGCAGACUUGAUUUUACUCGUGGAAAAUGCAGCUAUACCGAUAGUGUAUUACUUCGGGAUAGGGGUGCCUUCGAGCGGACAUUACAUUGGUGCUCCAGGCUGUAUUGCUAAUAACUUCUUCGCCUACUUGGGUUACUUUGCCUCCAUUACUUUAGUUUGUCUUAUAUCGACCGAGAGAUACCUAGCAGUAUGUCACCCAUUGAAGCAUCUCUCGAUUAACACCAAGAGCAGAGCUUCUAAACUUUUGGUCGGUGCUUGGGCUGUCGCUGUCCUAUUCAGCAUUUGGGCAAUUCCUAUUCAAUCUGUUCACCAAAAGGUCUGCAUUGAAUGGCCUGGAACUGAUGAGUUUAGUAACUUCCCCGAGCAUGUAGGACGUUGCAGACCAUCAGCUUUAUGGAAUUUGUUAUUAUUCGAUGCCUUGCAGACAGUUCCAUUCUUCUCUGCUCUCAUCUGCAAUGCCGUGUUCUUUACUAAGAUUAUCCGUAAUCUCAGAGGACGGAGUGCGUUUGAGAGAGAGUCCGUUCACACUCGACGUACCUCCCGCACAACCCACCAAGUUACAACAAUGCUGGUGGCCAACGUGGUUGUGUUCUUCAUUUGCCACGCCCCGUUCCAGUUCCUCAACAUGUGUGGGUUGAUAGCGAAUCUAGCUGGACAGCAACUUUUCUCCAAUCCAGUCACUGAGACUUUUAUUCUCUUGGUCUUUCGGAUUCUUGUCUCGAUAAAUUCGGCGGCUAACCCGAUUGUCUAUAACGCAACUAAUUCCCGUUACCGGAGGGCGUUCAUACGGGCGUUUACGUGUUCGACCCGGGGUAAGGGUGGACCCCGGGCUCGCUCUAGAUUCGUGACGGUCAAUGACAGCUUGGUGGAAGCUGGCCGUAGCGUCAAGAGACAUGGUGAAGAGAAUGUUCAAUUCAACUUGAAUGAAACGACUCCUGACAGAAGUUCACAAUACUCACAAUUGACAAGAUUAUAA